UAUCUCUUUGCGUUUUUCUUCCAUCAUUCUUGCAAGCACCCAUACGGUAGUCAAAUUUGGCGCGGGCUGUAAUGCCCUCAGGAUUGAAGUGCCUUCGUUGAGGACCGUUUACCGACUGUCAGACGAAAGCCAAAGCCAGAAUUGAAUGAAAAAAACAGGGCGAGAGAACCUAACAAUACGAGGCAGACCAUGUAAUUCUAAGCUAAGUUCAGUGUUGUUUAUCGUGAAGAGGUAUCGUGCCUGCUGACCGAUUGAAGGAAGCGAUGUAUACGUUUGGGUUUUUUUCUUCCGGCAUAUAUACAAAGAACGACGACAGUUCUAUUGUCGAUGGCUCGGAUAAGGCAAGUCGCUCAAACAGGCGAUUCGGAACGGCAAGUUGUUUCACAUCACUGUGACAGCUAAUAGAUAACGAACUGUUCAUUACUGUUAAAGUCAAAAGUGCCCUGGUAUAAUGGGGUGGAGCAAAGGCCUAAGCUAGACACCAACGAAUAUAAAAAAAAUCGGGUAGAAGAAAACUAAUUCAAUGAUUGAACUGUAGAAUCUGUUGACGGUCGUGUGUUUCAGCAGGUAAUACGUGUCCACAUCACUGAAUAGUGCGUACUGCUUGUUCUGUGCCUUAUAAUCUGUGGUGAGGCUCGAUAACGUCGUAAAUUCGAUUAGACAGAAGCAUAACGGAAUGAGCCAACUGAGACAGACCUAUGAAGUUUGUGCAAUUUCAUAAAAAGACAACAGCGAAUUAGUUGGUGUCCAAAAAUUGAAUUUAUUCAUCGAUUCGGUCAGCCCGAAUUAUUUAGUACGCGAUCUGUUUUUGCAGUGACACCGUUUACUCAGCUUUGAGACCGUUCUUAACUAAGUGCUGACAGCUCGUUCGAAUCGACGACAUUAAGGCUGUAUCCCUUCGAUCUGCAUCUCCCCAUCUCAUGGGCCGCCAUUUACCGAGCCUAUAUGCCUACCCAUUGUAUCGCUUGCAGGGGCGGCAUUUACCAAUUUCACCGAGAACCAACCGACCGACCGAUUGGGUGGCGCUCGCUUCUGCCAGCGUGGAUUGAAUGGUUCAACCACCAUAAGCCUUUUGGCUGGAUUAGCCAACGGGCCAUAGACGAAGGCGACGAAGUGGCUUGUCGAAGUAUUGCACUUCCUGCAUCAGAGACUGCGUGGAAUCUUGCUGUCAGUAUCAUGGCGAUCAAGGGCAAAAAGAGUUCAACGAAGUCGCCUCCGAUCUUUUCGAACGAGUUCAUAAUUCAAAAUCAUGCUGACAUCGUGUCGUGUGUGGCCAUGGUGUUCGUCAUUGGCUUUUUCGUUAACGUGACCCAACCUUACGCCGCGCCCUUCGUUACUCUUCAGCAUAAUAUUACCGAAUUGCACGCAUCCCAGGUUUUCUACUCGUCUGGAAUUCGGGAUCUUUGUUUAAUCUUUUUUACAACCCUGAUUAUGAUUGUAUUACAUGCAGUUCUGCAGGAGUACGUUUUAGACAAGCUCAACCGAAAGGUACACUUGUCAAAAGCAAAGCAUGCCAAAUUUAAUGCGUCGGGUCAGCUGGCUACGUUCUACGCUCUAUCGACAUUGUGGGCUGGAAGCAUUCUGAACAACGACGGCCUGCUACCGCUGUCCUCGUUAUGGGCUGGAUUUCCAGGAGAGCCUCACAACCGCAUGCUUUUCACUGAGAAGCUCUUUUUCAUUGCACAGAUUGCUUAUUGGCUGCAUAUGUACGCGGAGCUGUACUUCGAACGAGUCAAACGGGAGGAGUACGUCGGACGAAUCAGUGUUGCGACAGCCCACGUCGUUCUGUUUCUUCUGGCUUAUGGACUGAACUUAUGGCGAGUCGGCCUUGUUCUCACCUUUGUCCACUACCUUGAGCAAACGUUGUUCCAUGUUGCGCGUCUGGCGUACUUCUACGGUCAUUCUACCUCGGGAAAACUGUCCGGUCUUCCUGCAUCGAUGUUCACCCUGCGGGUCGCCGGCCUUUCGUUAAUCGGUGCGACCCAACUGUACAUGGUGUUCGCCUUUCUUUCCUUCCAUAUUGGCCGUAUUCGCGCUUAUAGGGCGGCCACGCAAAAGUUUUCCAAGGGAAAAAAUGGCAAGGAAGGAAAAAUUAAGGGCGCCAAGUCAGCUUCUAUUGUUGACAAGUCUCUUCCCGAGGCUGAUCAGGGUCAGGGUCCCCCAUCGCCCAUCGUUGCCAAGGACGAUGCUAAAUUAGGAUCCCUCAAGGACUCCAAUGUCAAGAAGAGGCUGAAGGCGCGUGCUUAGGCUAAACACCUGCAGACCAGAGUAGCCUGACGGUGACGCCAAGUGGAUACCACUAGUCUCAAUAUGACCGUCACUGGCCGUCAACUCUCACGAUUUAUGACUUGUUACACGACUGUAUGUCAAUCUGUCCUAUAGUGUUCAAAUAUGGAUUAUUUCUGCUUAAAGGAAACUUGAAGCAAAGGCAGAAACUACGGGUAUAAUGUGAAAUGAUUGACCACAGGAAUCUUUUAAACGUUAAGACGUAGCACACAAUGCAUUAAUUCGCUGAAUCAAUCAAUGGCAAAGGCCAGAAAUGGAUUCCAAAGUGGCGCAGACCAUUGAGUUUAGAUCACAGCUUUGAUAGGGAGAAGAUAGUUUACAUAGAUAACUAUAUGGCUGCCAAUAGUUACUUAGAUCCUAAAGACAAACGAAAUCGUAUUGUGACACGCGCAUCGAAACGAAUACUGAGCGAAUAGGGCAGAAAGCACGUUUCUAUAGCCAAGAAGUGGUAGCUAAUGAUCGCUGAAUGGCCAAUUUGAUCAGUACAAUCGUGCCGUUUCGAUAGUGCAUCUUCCACAAAAAAGCUAGAAUAAGGGGGCAGAUGGCUUCAGUAGUAGGGGUUCGCUCACAAUAAGAGAUUGUAUAUAACGCGGUCUAUCGAUAUAGAAACAAAAAAAGUCCAAUAUUAACGCCGAAAGAAGGUAGAUAGACUUGGAGGGUUUCCAUGUUGUAGCAAACAAGCAUAAAUGUGUUAAAGGCGUUAUAGAAGUAUAGCGACGAAGUGGUCAGUUGCGAAGCGAAAUAUGGCGGUUUAAUCUGUAGCAAAUAUACGUUGAGAUUUAUAGGUAUAGAUUUUUCAAAAUGGAUGUAGAUUUGUCGUAACUGCGAGCUACUACUAAGCUCAUUAAAGGAUAGAAAUCAUGGUGUCAUAUUGACGAAUCAGAUCGAAGACCUAGAUAAAUUUUAUAUAUAUAUAUAUAUAUAUAUAUAUACCUGGAGUAUUUGAGACUGGUGACUUUUCUAUUUCUUUACUAUUACUCCUUCUGUCGUUGGGUAUUGUUCGUUAAUUACAUCACGUGACUUCGUGAUUCUGUUGAUCUUCUACUAAAUAGUCCAAAUUAUUUUUGUACGUGAGGUGAUAUUGAAUCGUCGUAAAGACAAGAACGACCAUAGCUUUUUGCGAGAUUCAUUCAUCCAAGCGUGUUAAUGAUAUGGUCUGCCCUGGCCAUUCCAUUACGCUAAAUCUUUUUGGAUGAUUUCGCUGCUCUAUGCGAACUAUUAGUAUCGCGCAUUGAGGAAAUGUCACACUCACUGACCCGACCGAUUAACGCAAUGGUGGCCAGGUGUAGGGCGUAAGCGUAAGAUAUGUGCAAGUACAAGUGUGUGUUUAAAUGUAAAAGUCUCUAUAUAUUCGGGUCUGGACAUGGGAAACUUGGAUGCACAUGGCACAGGAAAGCAAUGAAAUGAAAAACGUUGGCGUUUUGCCUAGAAAUGAUACGAGCGCAAAGAGGGCAGCAACUAUCUUUUUCGGUUUAUAUAGGGGACUCCACGUAGUUAGGUGGUCUCGUCUCAAAAGCGAUAUUUUGCGAGGAUAUGAUGCACAUGGCAAUCAAUCUCUAGAUAACGACAUUAACGCUAACUGAUCAAUCACUAAGACUUAGCGCAUCCUCUCGACAACGAGUAGACUAUGAUAAUCAGCGAAUGUGAUGAACCUUUUACAAUCGAUCUACAAUAUUGGUCUGCAAAAAUCUGAUAAAGGUAUAAAUGACGAAACCACCACGAUUGUUUGUUUUAUAGAUUUACCAUUGGCCCCCCUGUCGAUAUUUUCUAUCCUUCGGGGUGAUCAAAGUAAAACAUUUUUUUGCUCUUAUUGUAUACAUAAAUACAUACAUAUAUAGAAGUAUAUAAUAAAUAAGAAUAGAAAUGAUUAUGGUAAUGUGAUCUUGGUAACAGCGCAUGUCGUGCAAUCUCGGUCCGAUGAAAGCAGUAGAAAUAGGGGAGUAGAACCAAAACGUUGUGAAAAUAAACCAUGUCUUAGGCGGGCAGCGCGAUAAGAAAUGGAACAGAUUACUUUUUUAUGAUUAAAACUAAACCGAACUCUACUUUAAUACUGUUAUCAUUUUUUAUAUCCAUUCGUAUUUGAAAUUAGUGUUAUUUACUCGAAUUAGUUAUUUGUUCCUGUACAUUAACAGGGAUAGUGCAAGCGCCAAGUAUAGUUUGCCUUCGAUGCGGGAACGCUACAGCCAUGAGAUGGUCGUUGUGGAACUUGUUGUUAUAGAUGUGAGCACAUUAGAAACGUUACGUAUAUUUUAAAAUGUUAAGUAAAUGAUAUGUUAUAUUACACAGAUACACUGACGAUAUGACAAAAAAUACGAUUUCAUUAGAAUAUAGAAAUACAAGUAAAGUCAAUUAUACGAAGGCGCACGCGAAAUACGCCUCCAAAGUAAAUUUUGAGUUACUGUGAGAAAUUAUUUUUCGACUGACGAUCAAGGGUUCCCUUUAUGGACAUCAUGACAAGAUUGGCGUUAAGAGAAGGAUUAAACCAAUCUUGCGAAAGACCUACUGCUUUUCGUUAUAUUAAUUGCUAUUGCAGUACAAAUGGGCAAUAUAUAACUUUGAAUGCUAAAAAAAUAGAAAUUCGUUCCACAGAACAAAUAUUAUUAUAGGAAGUAAAGCGCUAAAAUUAUCAGCAAAUCAUUGGCCGUGAAUAGUUUCGUGAACGAAGACAAAAGCGGGGAAGUACCUUUCAUUUCGUACGUAGUAAUAAAUCUAUUGCUCUAGUAUGGAUGGGAAACAAUUUUUUCGGCAAAAAAAAUUACAAUGAUGGCUGUUUUUAAGACUGGUUUGUGUGGGAACGAUGUGGAUGAACGAAAGAACGCGCGAAAAAAGAUAAAAGAAAAAACAUGAAAAAUUUAGAGCAAUGAUUAAAAUAAAGUAAAUAUAUUUUUAUUACAAA